CCACAAUAUAGACUAAUUGUUAAAAAUUGCAUUCAUUUGGACUAAAUCUGAUCACUUCACUUCAAGCAGCUCAAAUGCCGUCCUCGAAGCUUGUGGUGGCGUUGUACCGCUCGCUCCUGCGCAGCGCUACGGUGCUGGAUAGCCACGAGGCCUUCAAGGCGCUGCUGCCACGCGAGGUGGAGUGGCGGAAAGGCGCCAAGUGGUGCGAUUUUUUCGGCUCCAGCUCCUCCUGUGUCAAGGCUCUGCGCACCGAAUUCCGUGAGCCUCGACCCACGGGUGAGCUGAGCGAGGCGCUAGACGAGGCGCUACAGCUCCAUAAGACGAUCUCACAGCGUGUGCACUUAUUAUACCGUGACGAGGACGACCGACAGCUGAUAAAGUUCACCGAUGUGCCGCAUCCCACGACGUUCGAUGAGAAAUACGAGUGGGAAAAGCGGCAGCUGUCGGAGGAGGACUCCAAGGCGCUCAAUGGAGCACUGGAACUCAUCCAUAGUGCGUCCCAAUUGCUCACGAGUGAGGAUCUUGACAUGAAGGACAAGACAAGGCUCGCUAAAGCCUACUACGUCGAGUCGAUCAAGUUGUUCGAGACGGCAGAUGCCCACGCGUAUCUGGGCUGGCAUUUGUACCUCGACGGCGAGGUAGAGGAAGCAGUGAGUGAAUGUCAGCGUGCUAUUCAAGUGGAUCCUUCCUUUGGCAACCCGUACAAUGACUUGGGGCUGAUUCGAGUGGAGGAAGGCAAGAACGAUGAGGCGCUGGAUUUGUUUCAGAAAGCCAAGAUGGCACCCCGCAAUGAUGUUAGGCAUUACGCGUGCCAGAAUCUUGCUGCGUUGCACCUGGAGGAGAAUCGUGUGAAGUCAGCACUGCAUGAAUACAUUGAAACAUUGUAUUGGAUGAGGCUGGAUGAGGCCAAGAGGAACAUGAUACGGAACACAGUCACCGAUAUGGGGAAUGUCUUGGUCGCAUUGCAGGCGAGUAAGCCUACACCAGAGUGAGGUCAAAGAUUUGCAGAGCGAAACAACGUGAAGCCAGGGUGGCGACUUCAAGGUGGACAAGUUUGGAGAUGUUACUACAUCAAACGAUUUUCAUCGAAACUGCUAUACAGCGCUCUUCGAAGUAGUUCUUACUGUUCUUGCUGCUGUCGCUGAAGCUUCCUUCGCCACUGCCGAGCUGUGCGAACGGUGGCUGAUUGCAGCAUAUCGACCAUCGUCCAAAAUGAAGCACGAUCUCCUUCUUCGAAAACGAUCAAGACCUCGAAACCUUCACUGUUGUCCAGUGCGAAGAUUUCCACUCGGCCAGCACAUUGCACUUCGGUUGUGAUACUAUCACAUACUUUCCCGCUUUUCUUGUACUGCACCAGUCGACACAUCAACCAGUCCUGCCCUCCUUCUCUUCCGUCUUCAACUUCUUUCUGAUCCUCCUGUUGCUCUGUGAUAUCCAUCGACAGCUGAAGGUCCUCUUUGAUCUCGACAAACUCGCAAAUUCUCUGAAGAACCUCUUGUAUUGAAGCACAACCAUUCGCUACAGAGAUUGUGUCAGAUACCCACAUCAUGCAAUAAAAAGCACCGACAAGACAUUGAACAAACCUUCUUGGGUUUUCACUGGCACCUGGAAACUAAGUUCCUGUCUUCGGUGGGCUUCUUUGCGCUUACCCAGUACUUUUGGCUGCACAUCAAAGCAAUCAU